AUGGGGCCAGUGACCUAUGAGAUUUAUCAUCCCGAAAAGAAGAAACCGAAGCAGACCUACCAUGUGAAUCUCCUGAAAGAAUGGGAAGAGCAUGCCCACCAGGCCCCUGCGAAAGCUCUGAUGGCAAGAGAAGUGCCAAGAGAAGGGAAGACAGAACCCGAGCAGGGAUCCGAUCCAAUGUCUCCGGUGCUGACUCAUCUUACCCCACAGCAGGCUGCUGAGCUACUCCAAAUCCUUCGGGAGACGCCAUCUCUGUGUUCAGAUUUUGCUGGGCCUUCACUGGCACGCUUGACUUCAGAGUGGUUUACUGAUACGGCCUUCGACUUCACCCUAGAGGUGAAGCGGUACCAGUUUUAUGAGACGAAGCUCAACCGUUCUCCUCUGUCACUAGUACACGUCUCACUGGUGGUUCGGAUCGUCAAACUGAAUCCCACCGCCGUGGACCAGACUAUAAACACCGGCCUGGACCCAAAUUUUAACCUCCCAGGACCUGCUGAGACCAUUUCAGUAAUCGUCUUCUUAACUCAGGACCAACAUGGAGUGAGAAGUCAGCGCUCUCAGGAGGCCGACAAACCUCACAGAAGAAAGAGAGAGAAAAAACACACCUGUGACGAGUGUGGGAAAGGUUUUACUGGGAAGGCUGAACUAAAACGUCAUCAGGUUAUCCACACUGGAGAGAGACCGUUCAGCUGUGACUUGUGUGGAAAGUCUUUUUCCAGGAAGGGUCACCUAAAACAACACCAACUCAUCCACAGUGGAGUUAAAGCGUACAGCUGUGAUCAGUGUGGCAGAGCUUUUACUCACAGUAGCAACUUACAGAGGCAUCUAGUUACCCACUCUGGAAUUAAGGCAUACAGCUGUGACGAGUGUGGGAAGGAGUUUACUGAGAAGGCUUCACUAAAACAGCAUCAGGUCAUCCACACUGGAGAGAGACCGUUCAGCUGUGACUUGUGUGGAAAGUCUUUUUCCUUGAAGGGUUCCCUAAAACAACACCAACUCAUCCACAGUGGAGUUAAAGCGUACAGCUGUGAUCAGUGUGGCAGAGCUUUUACUCACAGUAGCAACUUACAGAGGCAUCUAGUUACCCACUCUGGAAUUAAGGCAUACAGCUGUGACGUCUGUGGGAAGGAGUUCACUGAGAAGGCUAAACUAAAACAGCAUCAGGUCAUCCACACUGGAGAGAGACCGUUCAGCUGUGACUUGUGUGGAAAGUCUUUUUCCUUGAAGGGUUCCCUAAAAAGACACCAACUCAUCCACAGUGGAGUUAAAGCGUACAGCUGUGAUCAGUGUGGCAGAGCUUUUACUCAAAGUAGCGGCUUACAGAGUCAUCUAGUUACCCACUCUGGAAUUAAGGCAUACAGCUGUGACAUCUGUGGAAAAACUUUCAGCCAGAGAGGAAGCCGAAAUAAACACCUACGCAUUCACACCAGACAUGAUGUGUACUGCUGUGAACAGUGUGGCAAAUACUUUGCUACAGACUCAAACUUACAACAACACAUGUUUACCCACACUGAGGAGAGACCUAAUAAAUGUGACCUGUGUGAGAAGACUUUUAAAUCUCCACAUCACCUGAGACGACACCAACAGAUCCACACCAGAAAGAGACUCUACAAGUGCAGUUACUGUGAGAAGCAGAGCGACACAGAUGGAUCCAGUUCUCAACCCUGUCAUCACUGUGGUGGUGGGAAAGACUUUCAUUGUGACAUUUGUGGAAAAACCUUCAGUUGCCAAGCUGACCUAAAAACACAUCAAUGUAGACACACUGGAGACAAACUGAAAUAUUGCAAAGAAUGUGGGAGAAGCUUCACCACACCAAGUGACUUAAAACGCCAUGAACUGAUUCACAGUGGGGUUAAAAAGCAUCUCUGUGAUCAGUGUGGGUCAUCCUUCACCACUAUAUGGGGGCUUAAAUCACACAAACGAGUCCACACAGGAGAGAAACCAUACAAGUGCAGACACUGUGACAAAAGCUUCUCACAUUCAAGUCAACGUAACAGGCAUGAACGUGCACACAUGGAAGGAAACUACAGCUGUGACCAGUGUGACAAGAGCUUCAGGAAUCUCAGUUCAUACUCCAAACACAAACGAUCCCACGUUACUAAUAAACUGUUUCACUGUUACCAAUGUGCCCAAACAUUCACCUCAUUGUCUGCUCUGUGCAAACAUCAGCGUGAUCACUCAGGGCUGUAAUCACUCCCAUCACUGGAUCACAGUGAAUCUGAAGAGACAGAAAGAUCCUCUGGUUUCAGUGUCAGACUCAAAAAGCUUGAGAUCAGGCUCCACAGAGUUCAGAUAGAAUCAUUUAAACUUGUGUUGAACUGAACUGGUUGCUGGGCUGAACUUCUACAUAAUACAGAUUUACAUGGGAUCUUAUUUUCUGUCGUUUUACUGAGUCAGUUUUGUCCUUUUUUCUCUGUCCUGGUUUUGCUCGUCUGUAAAUAAUUGAAACUCAGUCAAAUAGUUCAUUGUUCUCCAGCAAAACGUUUUGGAAACUCAUGUUUAACCUUUAAACUCUGACAUGUUUUAGCACACAAGGCUUCAUCGGGGAGUUCACUCAUGAUUGGACCAUGAGAAUAAAUGUUUUUAGUUCUUUCAAAGAGAGUCUUGGAGCUGUUUGAUGUUUCUAUUUUCUCUACAUAAAGGAAGAAACUAUUUUUCUUGCUUUAUGUAGUGUGGAAGUUUUUAAUGUUUCUUUUAUCUGUGAUGUUCUUGAAUGUG